GUGGAAUUUGGAGCUAUGAUUCCAGAACAACUGUAAGAUCAGCUUUAAGUUUUAACCUGAAUCAUUCGCUGCUGCCACGAUGAGCUGCGGUUCCAAGCAGACCUCUAAAAGCUGCCUGCGUGGUGGAGGUGGUAGCGGUGGAGGAGGCAGCACGCAUUUCUGUGCCUCCUCAAGAAGAAUCACUUCAAGUGGUGGCAGCAGGAUUUCGGGUGGCAGUUGUGGAGGAGGAAGUUCCAGGAGCAGCUGUGGUGGUGGUAGCUAUGGAAAGAUGAGGCACAGUAGUUUUGGAGGAGGAAUGAGCAGCACUAGUUGUGGAGGUGGAAUGAGUGGUGGUCAUUGCGGAGGUGGAAUGAGUGGUGGUUAUUACGGAGGGGGAAUGAGUGGUGGUGGUUCUGGAGGAGGAAUGGGCAGUGGCAGCAUGGGAGGAGGUUUUGGUGGGGGUUAUGGAGGGAUGUUUGGUGGUGGUGGUGGUUUCAGUGGUGGCUUUCCUGGAGGGAAUGCGGGAAUUCUCUCCAACAAUGAAAAGCUGGCCAUGCAAGGCCUCAAUGAUCGCCUGGCUUCUUACCUGAAUGCGGUCAAAAAUUUGGAAAGAGAAAAUGCUCAUCUUGAACAGUUAAUCAGGGAGUGGUACCAGAAGCAAGGUCCUUCUGGCGCAAAGGACUACAGCCACUAUUACGGAACAAUCGAAGACCUUCAAAAUCAGAUUGUGACUGCAACUGUGGAAACCAACAAGAUACUUCUGGACGUGGAUAACACAAGGAUGACCGCGGAAGACUUCAGGAUAAAGUACGAGAUGGAAUGUGGGCUCCGGCAGAAUGUGGAGGCCGACAUUAACAGCCUGCGACCCUUGCUGGAUAACCUGACUCUGAACAGGUCUGACCUGGAAAUGCAAUUUGAGUCUCUGAAGGAGGAGUUGAUUGACAUCAAGAAGACCCACGAGGAGGAGAUGAAAUCGCUGCAAACCCAGUCAAGUGGUGACGUGAACGUGGAGGUGAACGCUGCUCCAGGGGAGGAUCUGCUGAAAACACUAAAUGAUAUGAGAAAAGAAUAUGAAAAUAUUAUUAAGAAGAACCGUGAAGAGGUUGAAAGGUGGUACGAGAGCAAGAUGGAGGAAGUGAGCCAACAGGUCCAGUCAAGCGGCCAGGAAGUGGAAUCAAGCAACCGACAGAUCUCUGAGCUGAGACGGGACUAUCAGAGCCUGGAGAUUGAGCUGCAGUCGCAGCUCAGCAUGUUACAGUCUAUGCAAUCCAACCUAGAAGACACGGAACGUCGCUACAACAUGCAGCUGCAGCAGAUCCAGUCCAUGAUCAGCCCCUUGGAGGAAGAGCUGGCCAGCAUCCGCUGCGAGAUGGAGAGCCAGAACCAGGAGUACAAGAUGCUCCUGGGCAUCAAGACCCGCCUGGAACAGGAGAUCGCUCAGUACCGGGCUCUGCUUGAGGAAGGGCAGCAUAAUAUUCACAUCACACAGGGUGGUGGAUCUUCAGGAGGAGGAAGUCAUGCAGGAAGCAUCUGGCCUUCUGCAAGAGGAAGUAGUGGAGGAGAAACUAGCAGGUCCUCAGGUGGAGGAAGCCAUGGAGGAUCCUAUGGAAGAUCUUCCUCCUCUGGAAGUGGAGGAGGAGGGAGUGGAGGAAAAACAGGAGGUGGAAGCUGUGGGAAAUCCUCAGGUGGAGGAUGCGGCAGUGGUGGAGGAGGAGGGGAGAAAUCCUGUCUCUUCCGCUCUUCAUCUUCUCACUCCCAGCCUGACCACUCUUGUGAAAGCCAAGGAGGUGGUGAAAACAUGAAGCUCUGCCUGGAAGGGAAUAAAACAUUGGAAAGAGGAGCAACAAUGGAGGAGGUGUCUGAAGCCAUAAAAAUGAUGAGAUCGGACUGGCGGAUGGGCAUGAACGCACUGGCCACAGACCAAAAGGCCUGAAGCCAUUAAAACAGAAACAGGGAGUUUCAGAAGGUCUGAGGACUGACUGGUGAAACCAGCAUCUUCUACCACGGCACCUUCCCAGUGGACCUUUGGAUGAGAAUACCCUGAGCGUGUCCGAUCCUGCCUCUGCAAAGAGCGAGAGCAAAUGCUUGUUCGACUUACUCAACACUGUUCACUUCAGGGCUCGUCAGAACUCUCUGGAUGGCCCUGUUGCUUCCUCCUGAAUUUCUGCUCUUGAUUGCUGUUUCCUAAGUUAAUCUCUGCCGUGAUUGGUAUUCUUGUGAAAACAAUAGAAAAAAUCAACCCUAAAAAAUUAAAUACUAAUAAAUCUGUGCUUCUCUGAUGCAAGCAGAAA